ACUGCCACCUCUAAUAGCAAGUGUGGAGCACCAUAAUUCGGAGAAGCAUAACAACACAACCAAAAUGAAUGAUAAGGUUCAAAAGCACAAGGAUAGGCUGAAGUUCAGCUCCAAGACCUGGGGCAAGGAAAAAUUUAAGCCCAAGAAGUAUGACAAGCCGUUCGUGCCACCCGUGCCGCAGGCCACCGCGAAACCAUGGCAGCACGUGAAGAACGACAUCAUAGACGACUCCGAAGAUCGCGGGCACCUGGAUGUGGACAACGAGGACGCCAAGAAAUUCAUGCAGCAGCGGGAGCAGAACCACCGGCGAAACAUCAUAGAAGCCAACCGAGCGCAGGCCACCAAAUGGGAGUCCUUCGACGAGGAUCAAAAGCCAACCUUACAUUCCAAGAGGUCACGACCCAAGAAGGAGAAGUCCCGAUUGUGGCAGUGCGACAGGUCCAAGGGAGAAUUUCCCACGGCCGUUGAGAAUUUCACAUUCGAGGAGCGCAACUUCUACCGGAGCAAGAUCACGUUGGGCAUAAAGGGAAUGGAGCGCGAUGUAGACCUUCGAUCUGCCAUAAAAGAUUUGGAGAGACACCCAGUUCGGUUGCAGGAGUCCACAGGAGAGGGAAACGUUCCCUUUCGGAAAAUGAUCGAUAACAAGAGACGCACCUCAAAGAAAAAGGGACGAAACGGGCCCAAUCCCUUUCGCAAGAGGAAUGGAGGGCAAUCGUAGUAUAAAAGCAGCUUAGAUCUAACUUCACUUUUACCCCGUUACUGAAUGACAUUUAAGAAAAUUAUUAAAACAAUAAAAUUUUAGAACAGCUAGCCCUUCGAAGAAAUGAAAAAGUGUUGAUCGGGUGAUAAAUCAGAAAUGUAUACACAACAUUACUACACACUUUAUGCAAAUCUUAAAAGUAGUGGUACAAAUACAUGUGGAAUAGGUCGGCGAAAAUAAAUAAACUAAACAGAA